AUGGAAGACCUCAAAUCCCCAAACCUCUCCCCCCUCACCUCUCUCACCAACACCCCCCGACUCCUCAGCCCGGAGCCCCGUGUCGAGCACGAGGAAACCCCAUCAGAAACCGCCCCGGACUUCGUCCCCAUUCGCCGUCCCCGCCUCCAUCCCCGCGUUCUCACCCUCUCCCACCUCCGCCUCCGCCGUCUCCGCCACCACCUCCCCCGCGACCUCGUCUCCAUCUCCAAGCUCUGCCGGGAUCUGCAGGAACGAGUAAACGAUGUUCCCCUUCCCAUCAUGCCAACCGUCCCAUCCGUCCCACAUUUGCGCUCCGCGGGGCCCGUCACCGUCUACGAACAAGCAGUUGCCGCCGCCGCCGCCGCGACUGAAGACGCCGAAAGAGUCGCCGACAUCAAAACCCAACUAGAACUACACGCCCACGAGCUAGAGGUCAUGAGAGGCGCCGUGUUUAAGCGGUUCGAGGACUUAUUUGAUGAGGAGAGGGAGAAGGUCUUGAAGAAGCAGGUGGAUUGCUGUUUCAGGGAUUUGAAGGAGUUGCAGGUGGAGGUUAAUCAUAGGAUUUGGAGUGGGCGGUUGAGGCAGCCAUUGCACCAGUUGGGGAAGGUGCACGUGAGCUUGGGGGGUGGGGUUAGGGGGGAGGGGAAGGGCAAGGAGAAGGGGAAGGGGAAGGAGAGGAAGGAUGAGAGGGAGGAUGAGAGGGAGGAUAAGAGGGAGGAUGAGAGGGGAGGGGAAGGCGAGCCGAGUGUCCAUGCUCGGGAUGUGGCCAUGGACAUGGACCUCAACAUGGGCGCCCAGUUCCAGUUCACCGAAUGGCCAGAGUUCACCGACGACGAAAUCAUGGCCAUGUUCAAAGAAAUGGAGGAGGAUUUAUUGGACGAGCCAGUCGACUGGGAGGAGAUUCUGAAAGCGGAAGCCAAGAGUGAGGAGGCGCAGUUGAGCAAGCCUGUUAAGAAGGAGUCGGAGGAUGAUCAGAUGCAGUUGGACGACGCGGAUGAAACGGAGACGGUUAGGGGGGACAACACCAAGGAAGAAGUCGACGGGGAGAGAAUGGAGGAUGUUGAUAUGAAGGAGCCCGAGGAGAGUAUAUGGAGCGAGGAAUCCGGAGGAGUUGACCCGAGGGCAUAUUUGCUGACGGCGCACCCGUGCGAUCCGGGUGCGGGUGCAAGCUGGCACUAUACGUGGAAUUGGAGGCAGUAA